AUGCAUAAAAGCUUAUACGUGAAGGACUUUAUGUGGUCAGAGAAUGAAUGGCCCAAGAUAAGGCAUGAUGAUUAUGAAAGUGGGGACAACAUGCCUUUGAUCAGUCUCUUGGAAAUCUUAGAUGGGAAGAGAGAGAGUGAAGCCUAUGAGAACCUGUGCAAGGACAUGGUAAUGGCAUGUGAGAGCUGGGGUUUCUUCAAGCUUGUGGACCAUGGAAUACCUAAUGUGGUCAUAGAGAGCAUGAAGGAGAGAUGUUUAGGGCUUUUUGAUCUUCCUAUGGAGCAAAAACUCAAGGGAGAAAGGUCAAGUAACUUGCCAUUGGGUUACUCUCCUACAAACACUGAUUAUGGCCACAAUUUGCCAUGGGCUGAGAGCCUCCAACUUUUGCAAUCUCCCCAACAAGUCCUCACCUUCUCUAAGAAAGUAUUUGGCAAUGAGCACAGUCCUUUUAGUGAUGCCAUGCUUGACUACAUGCAUGCCAUGGAUGCAUUGGGAAUGCUCAUAUUUGAGAUGCUGGCUCAUGGACUAGGCCUUCCCCAUGACUAUUUCUCAAAGAACUUUGAAGAGAAAGAGGCAACCAUGAUCAGAAUCAACAGAUACCCUCCUUGCCCUCUACCAAGCAAAUGCCUAGGGUUAGGGAGCCACUCUGACCCCCAUACCCUAACAAUUCUAUUGCAAGAUGAAGUUGGGGGCCUCCAAGUUCUAAAGAAGGAUGAGGAGUGGGUUGGGAUAAGACCCCUCCCCAAUUCAUUUAUCAUCAAUGUUGGUGACACACUUGAAGCAUGGAGUAAUGGAAGGUUGAAGAGUGUGGUUCACAGAGCUGUUGUGAACAAAGAGAAGCAACGCUUCUCUAUUGCCUACUUCCUUAGCCCCGCGAGUGACAUGGUGGUGGAUAGCCCUUCACAGCUUAUUGAUCAAGAAAAAACCCUAAAAGAUACCUUCCUUUUACAUGGGCACAAUUCAGAAGAGAGCUGAUCAUCCAAAAGA